ACUGUUGGCGACUGUUAGCAAACAUCUUCGGUCGUCAAGAAGAUAUGAUGCAUUUUACGGUGAAAUCAUGACUAAAGGCAAAAGAUUUUAACAGAAAGUAUAUUUUUAACAGAGGGUACCUCGGGGUAGCUAACUUGGGUUACUUCCAUCGCCAUUUUCCUUUCUUUCUGCCAUAAUGGAUGAGGAUUUUCUGCUCGCUAUUCAGCUACAGGAGCAGUUUGACAGUGAAUAUGAGACCUCAUUAUUUCCAUCAGACUGUUUUGAGGAUAACGGCUUCGGACAAAGCAGUAAGAAACGAAAAGUGGAUGCAGCCCCUGGAGGUGGCAGUGAUGUUGUCCCCUACUUUAAGCCCGCUGCCCAGCCUGAGAGGCCGCUGUCCAUCGUGGACGAGUCCUGGGAGAUACUGGACCCCAGCCCCGAUGUCAGAGCCAUGUUUCUGGAGUUCAAUGACAUGUUCUUCUGGGGAAAACUCAGCGGUGUGGAGGUUAAGUGGAGCCCCAGAAUGACACUGUGUGCUGGUGUGUGUUCUUACGAGGGCCGAGGUGGAUUGUGUUCGAUCAGACUCAGUGAGCCUCUGCUGAAGCUGAGACCUAGAAAAGACCUGGUUCAGACACUCCUCCAUGAAAUGAUUCACGCCCUCCUGUUUGUGACCCAGAACAACAGAGACAGAGAUGGUCACGGACCCGAGUUCUGCAAACAUAUGAACCGAAUCAACAAGGCCACUGGAACAAAUAUUACUAUCUACCAUAGCUUCCAUGAUGAGGUUGAUGUGUACCGACAGCACUGGUGGCGAUGCAACGGGCCCUGUCAAAACCGCAAGCCCUACUUUGGCUACGUGAAGAGGGCCAUGAACCGGGCUCCGUCUUCUUUGGACCCUUGGUGGGAGGACCACCGGAGGACGUGUGGCGGGGCGUACACCAAGAUCAAGGAGCCUGAAGGAUAUGGCAAGAAAGGCAAGAAGGACGGGAAGACCUCAGAUAAGAAGGCCUCAGGAAAUGGCAAGGCUUCAAGUACAACUACAACUACAACUACAGGUUCUGGAUCACAGGACAUAAGGAAUAUUAUCCCAUUUAGUGGCAAAGGCUUCGUACUCGGAGUGAAGUCACAGUCCUCUACGUCUUCCUCCCCUUCUCACAAACCACCGGUGCCUGCUGUGAAAUCCCCUACAUCCAGCCCCGUCUCCCCUCCCAAGAAACUCCCCACCCCUUCAUCCCCAGCUAAAAGUCUCACAUCUCCUGUUCGCUCCGGCCCUGAUAAAACAGGGAUCUCCGCUGCCUUUCGUUCCAUCAGACCAGCAGCCUCCACGGGGCAGAAGCCACCUGUAAAGAGGUCUGUCAGUAAUACGAGGGUUUUUGUCAACAUCGGUGGCUCACCAGUCAGAAUCCCUAAACCCCACAGCGGCAGCAGUAGCCUGGGAGCAGAGAAAAUAAAGCAAAGGUCCAUUGAAGACCUUUUCAACAGCAUAGGUGUCAGGAAAUCAGUUGGGCAUUCCCCCUCAAAUACAGAAACUAAAAGAGAUUCAUGGACAUCACCAAAGAGUACCACGAGUGCUGCCUCUGCCUCUUCCUCCUUUCCUAAACAACAAAGUUCUUCCUCUGCCAGCACAUCUAAACCUAGUCCAAGCAAAUCUAGUCAAGGCAGCCCUGCUAAACCACUACAGUCAAAAUAUUUCAAUCAUUCCAACAGUGACAGUACGCUAGGAGCUGCCGGUGGGGGUCAGACAUCAAGGAAGAGGCCGUGGGACGACCGCAACAGCUCAGCCAGCAUCUUUGACUUCUUCCAGAAAACCUUAGGCAGCGAUUCAGCAGCAGCAUCAUCGAGGGAGUCAACGAAGACAAAAACACCUGCAAUGCAGCACAGAACUGCCACCACCACCACCACCUCCUCCUCCUCCUCAUCUUCCACUACAUCUUCUCUUCCUUCCUCUGCAGCAUUGCACAGCGUUACCUCCACCUCCACCUCCACCUCCACCUCCACCUCCACCUCCUCCUCCUCCUCCUCCUCCUCCUCCUCCUCCUCCUCCUCCGCGCUGAUGGUCAGCUGUCCUGUGUGCCAAGCAAAGGUGCAGGAGUCAAAGAUCAACCAGCAUCUUGAUUCCUGCCUCUCGUGAACAGGGAGGUGCAGAUUGAUAAGGAGGACAAUGCAGAAGAGAUGUUGCAAUAAAACCAACUUCAGGAAAGUCAAUAGAAGUUUCAGGGAUUUUGCUGUUUUGAUAUUGGAUAUUCAGUGUUAUUACAAUUACACUUUUGGUUUUAAAGCAUUGGUUGGAUGGUUUUACUACGAGAUUGGAUUGUUUUUCUUUGUGGUUGUCAAUAUUAAUGAUAAUCCUGCCAUCACGAGUGCCUGUCUGACAGCUCGUGCCUUAGGAAACCGAGAGAACAGGAGGGUUUAACAGAUAAUGUACGUUAAAUUAGUUUUUAUUCACAUCAGGUAAAACAAAACGAAGAGAACACAAGUAAAUUCUGGUAAAAGUUUCACCCGAAUCCUUAACACUGUUGUUUUAACUUUAGAAUAAUUCAUGGAUGGUGAUUCAUACUCAUGUUAUUUUAUAUCACACUGAUCAGUUCUGUGUUAAUCUUAUGAAUUAUUUCACUGCAGAGCUUCCUACAUUGGGCUGGAAUACAUUAAAAAGCUAUGACAUUUGUAAUGCAGUGAAGCAAUUGAUGAGAUUGAUCAGUAUGAUGAUACCGGUUAAGGUCUAAAUUCACAAGCUGCAGUGUCGUGUGUGUGUGUGUGUGUGUGUGUGUGUGUGUGUGUGUGUGUUCGUGUGUGUGUGUGUUCAUGUGUGUGUGUGUGUGUGUGUGUGUAGAGAGAGGUUAUUUUUGCCUCCUCUGCGGGUGGAUGCUUGUGGACUGGUUCCUGUAGUCUGAAGUGUUCUCCACCUCAGUUCUGCAUCUGCUGCCCUUCAGGCAGCACGAGACGCCGACUGACCUCUGCUGAUCUGCGGGAAUCAGAUUUCACACUCGCUAGCUAUUUAUUUCAACACCGCGCCCAUCUUGCACUUCAUCAGUCAGGUCGACAGUGGAAAAUUUGAGGACGGCUUAAAAUGUUUUUGCUAGCUUUUAUUAUUUUUAGGGAAAUGUUUAAAUUACUAAAUGCAGAUUUUUGACUGCGAAAACAUUAGGAUUUUCUAUGUGUGUUGUUUUAUGUGUUGUUGUUGUUUGUUUUAAAGGAAAUUGCUAAAAGUUUUGUUGCCAAAUAAAAACUUUUAAUUAAAAUAAUUUUUAUUUACAAAAUUUUUACUGUUCCAUUUACCUGAAUGUUUUGUGUGGAGUUGAAAUUAUGCCAGGACCUAACAAAUAAUCAUCACUCCUGAUGCUAAAAAGUGUUAAGUGUAAUAAUAAAUGAACACUUAAUGCACUCAUGCAUGAUCAAAUAUUCA